AAAAUGUGAUAAUUGUUAGAUAACAGUGAAUUUUUGGAUUGUAAUUGAUAUCAAUUGUGUGCAAAGUGUUCAGUGUUGGUUUUAUUUAACAAGAUAUUCAACAGUUUAAAAGAAGAACUUAGAAAACUUGGACUCAACGAGUUACACAGAAGAAUCCAACGAUUUUCUCUUCUUCUUUUUUUAUUUUUGUUUCUUUUAUUCGUUUUCGAUAUUUUGUUGUUUUCUUUUUUUUUUUUUUCGUAUUUCUUGUUGGGAAAUAAUUGUUUAUUAAACAAAAGUGAAUCAAUAUGGUUUUGGACACGAGCACGGUACGAUUGGUAAUACUCUUAGGUGUAACAUUAUACUUACAUGCUGGAGAUUACAGUACCGUUAUACCAUCGAUAUUUGCUAAAAAUGUGGAAAAGAAUGAAACAGUGUCUAAUAAAGGACCUAGAGGACCACCCUUACCAUCGACCAUCGAGGGUUCUGCAAAAUUAUUAACUGUCGAUUCAUCUACGAAAAAAGAAAUAGAAAAGGAUAAUGCUGUUACGAGACGUGCUAAGAUGAUGGCAACCAUAAAAACAGCAUGUUUACCAAAACUCAUUUGUGAAUUGACAUCUUCCGUUCAUCAGGAUCAACUCAGUGAGAUGGAACGUUCCUUGUUAAAUUUGAUCCGAGACACGAGUUUAAGCACGAUCGCCGAAGUACCAUCGAGAUAUCAUUUCGCAGCACACAUGGGUCAAUUAAUAUCUGGCGUUGAAGGACAAGGUUGUCAUAAUUUUUAUCCAACCUGUCCAUUACCUGGAGCCAGUGUUCUCAACAUGAUGAAAAAAGUUAGACUAAAAUGAAUA